AAAACCCUCAUGCUUUUAUUGCUCUGCUUGUUCCAUUGCGUCUGUCUGCGUUUGGGGUUCAUUGCUGCUAAUUUGCAUCGCCAAUCUUCGUCAUCUGCAUCGGGCAACCAUGUAUUUCGGAAACUACGGGAUUCCCUACUCAUCGGCCCCGUUCGAGCAGAAUUAUCGCUGUUACUCAGCUUCCUUCAUCGAUAAGCCGCAUUUGGAAAAUGGAGAUAAAGUGGUUAUGCCUCCUUCGGCGCUUGAUCGCUUAGCGUCUCUGCGCAUUGAUUACCCAAUGUUGUUUGAAGUCCACAACCCUUCAACCUUGCGGACAAGUCAUUGUGGCGUGCUGGAGUUUGUGGCAGAGGAAGGCAUGAUUUACAUGCCGUACUGGAUGAUGCAGAAUAUGCUGUUGCAGGAAGGUGACAUUGUUAGAGUGAAGAGUGCUACGCUGCCCAAAGGAACAUUUGUGAAACUUCAGCCCCAUACAAAAGAUUUUCUGGACAUCUCAAAUCCAAAGGCUGUGUUAGAAACUACUUUGCGGAACUUUUCUUGUCUUACAAUUGGUGACAAUAUCAUGGUUGCUUACAACAAUAAGAAGUACUACAUUGAUAUCAUUGAAUCGAAGCCUGCCAAUGCCAUCUCAAUUAUUGAAACAGAUUGUGAAGUUGACUUCGCUCCUCCACUUGAUUAUAAAGAGCCAGAAAGGGUUACUCCUCCCCCUGUUUCUGUUCCUGCUCAGUCAUCACAAGAUGCCACACCACCUCCUGAACCUGAGGAGCCAAAAUUCAGUGCCUUCACGGGUACUGGGAGGCGGCUAGAUGGUAAGCCUGGCAAGCUUUCUACUGGUUCCAUACCAUCAACGUCCUCAACAACGCCAACUGCCACCACCAGUAGUGUACAGAAGCCCACUGGAACUCCACCUGCAGGAGCACAAAGACCUGGAAAGCUUGUGUUUGGUGGCGGCAGCAGUAAUGCACCAGCAGCUGCAAAGUUACCCAGUACAAAGAAAGAGGAGGUCAAGGAAGAAAAGAAAGAGCCUGAAGCGUCCAAGUUUCAAGCAUUCUCUGGCAGAAAGUAUUCCUUGAGGGAUUGAGUUUGUUCAGGUGCUGAUUUUACAGCACAUAUGUGAUGUCGACAUGUGAAAUAAUAUUUGAAGUGAACAUUGCAAUUUCCUUCUGGAAACGAAGACUUCAUCUAAAAAGCUGCUGUAGGCUCCCUCGAUUGACGUUUACUUGGUUUUUGAUGUAAUUUUGGUAAACAUCACGCUUUCCCUGGAUCUGGUUCUGUAGGACAUCCUUGUAUAAUAGAAGCGUGGAACAAGACCUUUGUUUAUAGGUGCUGAAACUACUUUCUGUGAUAUUGUGACUUUUCCUUUCAGGAAUUAGUCGGAAGGGGCCUCUGUAGUUCUUUUCUGCGUUUGUUCUAUAGUGUCUCCAACGCUUUCAAGGUAUGCUGUGUUAAAAUCUGGUAUAAGUAACCAAUUUGGUGGAAAAUCUUUGAAUGUGA